GCUGUUCAUUUCUCAAGUAAGAUAAGUAGGCAUAUAUAUAAUAAUUGUAUAAAACAUACACAUACAUGUAAUUACUUAUAAUAAUACCAUAAACCAUGGAUAAGAUAGGUGUAUUACUUUGCUUUACAUUCUUAUGUUCCAUAGCACACAUAGCUGAGGGUACAAUCUGCAAGAAUGACACAGAUUGCGGACAAGGUGAAUGCUGUUAUAUCAAACCGGAUAUGGAAGUUGUGAGCAAGAAAAGACAAGUCAAUAUUUUGCCUGUACCUGUUAUACCGGGUCAUCAUGAUACAGGUGUCUGCGAAAAAUACCGCGUGGAGCAUGAUUUCUGCGGGUUAUUGGAGCAAGUUAAUGGACAUUGUGGAUGUGGACCAGGCUUGACUUGCCAGUUUGUUCCUCUAGGAUCCACCUUGUCGUCGCUUGUUGUAAGCAAGAAGAGGGAUAUUUAUAUGCCAGGUCCAGGGCAUUUUGGUUGCGAGGUGAAAUCAUAAAUAUGCCUAAAAAGUUUGUUAUUCCAACCCAAAAUUGAAUAACAUAUUAAAUAUUUAGCAAA